CGACCCCGCACCGCUCCCUGCAGUACACAGCUACCACCACUCUACCUCCAGCACGCGGCUAAAAUGUCGACAAAGAUGGCAGAGCGCCUAAAGGGCAAGACAGUUGUCAUCACGGGCGCGUCGUCUGGAAUUGGCAGGUCAACAGCACUCGAAUUUGCGCGCACACAGCCAGACGACCUGAAGCUCAUCCUGACGGCACGACGGGAAGACUCGCUGAAGGAGCUUGCGCAAGAGAUUGGUGGCUUUGCAAAGGGCGUCCAGGUUCUACCCGUCAAGAUGGAUGUCAGCAAGCCUGAGCAAGUCAGCAGUUUUGUCGGCAACCUUCCGCAAGAGUUCAAGGACAUUGACAUCUUGGUCAACAACGCGGGACUGGUAAAAGGCCUUGCUCAGGCGCCCGACAUUUCGCCAGCCGACAUCGAUGUCAUGUUUAGCACAAACGUGACAGGCCUAAUCAACAUGACGCAGGCGAUCCUCCCGAUUUUCAAGGCCCGCCCGACCCCAUCGGGCGACAUUAUCAACAUUGGUUCCAUUGCUGGGCGUGAGCCGUACCAGGGCGGAUCCAUCUACUGCGCAAGCAAAGCUGCGGUCCGCAGCUUCACAGAUGCUAUGCGCAGGGAACUGAUAGCGACGAGGAUACGAGUGAUUGAGAUUGACCCGGGCCAGGUCGAGACGGAAUUCAGUGUUGUGAGGUUUGGCGGAGACAAAGAAAAGGCGAAGAAGGUCUAUGAAGGCGUGGAGCCAUUGACGCCGGACGAUAUCGCCGAGGUGGUUGUGUUUGCUGCAGGCCGAAGGGAGAAUGUAGUCAUCGCCGAUACUUUGAUUUUCCCGAACCACCAGGCAGCGGCCACAGUCAUGCACCGCAAACCCACUGGCCAGUAGACUUGGCGACGACGUGUACAUAGAAAUAGGCCAUCAGCAUAUGACAUAUCAAUGCGGUAAUACGA